AUGAGUUUAUAUCCGAAAAUGCCUAAUGAGCCUACACAAAAUGCACCCCCAAGCUAUUCUGAAGCUGUUGGUGGUGUUUAUGCUACAACUCCAAUGGGUUUUUACCCACCUACUGCACCAAAGGAAACAAUACCAGGACAACCUCCAAUAGUAACAGCAAUAGUACCUCUCGGCCCAAAUUCGACUAGAACAAUAUGCCCACAAUGUAAUUCACAAAUAUCCACAACGACAAAAACGCAACCUGGAAUUAUUGCAUAUGUUUCUGGAGCACUCAUAGCAUUGUUUGGGUACGUUCUCGUUCGAAUAUGA